AUGGAUUUCGGCGGCGCCGAACCCCAACACCCUGAGCUCAACUCUCUCAUGCAGCGUAUCGGCGGGCAGUGGGCGGGCCCUGCGCUCCAAAGAUCCUUCCAGCACGAAGUCGCCGAACUCCUUGGUCGAGGGAGAAAUACAUCGUUCCCUGGAGCCCAGCCUGUCUCCUUCUCCGCAGAACAUAUCCAAGAACUCAAGAGCCAGGACUACUACGUCUGCGAAAAGACCGACGGCCUACGCUACCUCCUGUAUCUCACUCAAGACGGUGAUAGGGGCAUACACUACUUCAUCGAUCGAAAGAAUGACUACUGGUAUGUGCCAAAUCUGCAUUUUCCGCAUCACGACGACAAGACCUUCCGGCGGUUUCACACCAACACAAUAUUGGAUGGGGAACUGGUGGAAGACAAAUACCCAGAUCGAGAGCCCGUCAUCAAAUUCCUAGUGUUCGACUGCCUGGUCCUCGACUCAGUGGUCUUCAUGCAGCGGCCCCUCGACAAACGCCUCGCCUACUUCCAGACCCACGUCCUGCAGCCCUACAAUGCCAUGUUCAAGCAACAUCCGGACUACACGAGGCCGUUUGUGCUCCAGGACAAGCAAAAUGAGUUCAGUUACGCUUUGGAAAAGAUGUUCAAGGAAGUCAUACCAAAGGUGAAGCAGAUGCAUGGAAACGACGGCUUGAUUUUCACUUGCAGGGAUGCACCUUACAAGAUGGGCACAGAUCCGCAUAUUCUUAAAUGGAAACCACCCUCUGAAAACACGGUCGAUUUCCUCCUCCACAUUGACUGGGCGAGAAUGGAGCCGGACCCGGAUGAUCCUGAUCAAUCGCUACAGCCGGACUUCUACUCCUUCCCCGAGAAAUUCUCUCUCUUCAUCCACGUCGGAAAUAACGAGUACUCGUACAUCGACGACAUGUACGUUGAGCCGCAGGAGUGGGAAGAGUGGAAAACCCUGGACCACCCUUUGCAAGACAUCAUCGUCGAAUGCUACCAGGACGAGCUGCAACGGUGGCGCUUCCACCGAUUUCGACACGACAAGGAGAACGCCAAUCACAUCAAGGUGUUCAAGAGCGUCAUCAGAUCGAUCCAGAGCCACGUGACGGAGCAGGAUCUGUUGAAUCACGCCCCCGAAAUUAGAACAGCAUGGAAACUUCGGGGUGAGGAGGAAAAGCGCCGACAGGAGGAAGAAAAGCGGAGGAGAAUGGCGGCGGUCAAGCAGGAGGGCUAA